AUGCGUGGCAGUGGAACUGGCCAGGACCUCGGCGCUUCCGCCCACUCCAGCCACACAGAACGCGCACAAAAAUGGCGCUCGCCGCCGCUCCCUCCAGCCGGUUCCCCACCGCUCCUUUCCGACCAUCGCCGUCUUCGCCUCUCCAGAGACACGCGCACUUCCGCCCUCAGAACCCACGUCGCAGCCCUCCUCCACUCCUCGCCGCCGCGGCCGCCGCCCCGCUCACCGCAGCGGACACGGAGGGGCGGAAGCACGAGCUGCUGCGGGCGGUGCAGGAGACAGGACGCGGCUCGGGCGCCAGCCCCGACCAGCGCGCGGCCAUCGAGGAGGCCAUCGUGUGCGUGGAGGAGCUCGGCGCCGGGGAGGGGGUGCCGCUGGACCUCACGGCGCUCGACGGCACCUGGAGGCUGUGCUACACGUCUGCAUCGGACGUGCUUAUGCUCUUCGAGGCGGCCGAGAGGCUCCCUCUCCUGCAGGUAGGGCAAAUAUACCAGAAAUUUGAGUGCAAGGGUCGGUCGGAUGGUGGAAUUGUGCGGAAUGUCGUGCGUUGGAGCAUCGAGAACUUGCUGGAGGAGCAAGAGGGUGCAACACUGAUGGUCUCUGCAAAAUUUGAUGUUCUGUCUAAGCGCAACAUAUUUCUUCAGUUCGAGGAGGUAGCUGUAGAGAAUAUCAAGAUUAGUGAGCAGCUACAAGCACUGAUAGCUCCUGCUAUACUUCCUCGGUCUUUUUUGAGUCUUCAGAUAUUGCAGUUCCUUAAAACUUUCCGAGCUCAAGUUCCUAUCAGCGGCCCCGAAAGAUGCAUGUGCUUUCAUCGAAUCUACCAGCUCUAUCUGGAAAAGGAAGCAAGUGGAGUAUGCAACUCAGUUGAGACGCAUCGGACCUUAUGAGAGUCGUACCUGAAAAUGUCGUAUGCAAAGCAAUUUCGCUUUUGUUUCUAGUAUUAUCAUUGUUAGUGUAUUUGUGGAUUGCCUAGCCCUUUCCAUCAGUUCCGACUUUUGGUUGCGUUGGCUAGUGCAUGAAGCUUGACAAUCAUAUCUGCAUUGUUUUCAAUGUGUGGCGACAUGUGAUUGUUUAUGCCUAUUACUGUAAUCUUAGCCUAACAAAUUUACUAAUC